GUAGGUAAAGAAGUAAUGGAAGAUUUUGAGCAAGAUCCGAAACUUGGUUUUGUGAGGAAGGCCGUGUACACCAUGGCGUAUGCCCUUCAUGCCAUGCAGCAGAACCUGUGUCAUGGCAAACCUGGAAUGUGUGAAGCGAUGAUAAACAUCAAGGGUACCACAUACUUCAAAUAUCUCAUGAACACAUCCUUUACCAGUUAUUUUGGGGAGGAGGUGCACUUUGACGAGAGCGGUGACCCGCCAGGGAGAUAUGAUAUAAUGAACUUCCAACAAUUCGAAAGUGACGGUGAAGAAAAUGCCACAUAUGCCUACGUGAAGGUAGGGUCCUGGAAUAAUGGCCGUCUUGAGAUGAACGACAGUAAUAUCUUCUGGCCUUCCGUUGGUCGAGGAAUCACCAAAGUUAUCGAAUCAGUGUGCAGUAAACCGUGUCAGAAAGGUUUCAUCAAGAAAACCCAUGCGGGAAGAACGACCUGCUGCUGGACUUGUACUCAAUGUGAACCGAACGAAAUACUUCUGGAUGAAUCUCGUUGCAAAGCCUGUAGUAAAGGCUGGUGGCCAAACACUAACCUCACAGCCUGCCGCAUGAUAAGAAUCGAACACAUGAGCUGGCACUUCACGGAGGCUAUCAUCGCCAUUGCUAUGGCCUGCAUCGGAAUCUUAACGACCUGUUUCGUCGGUGUAGUAUUCAUCCGUUACAACGACACCCCAGUAGUGAAGGCAUCCACCCGAGAACUCAGUUAUAUUAUACUGGGUGGGAUUAUCUUUGCACUGACCUCAAACUUUGUGCUAGUUGCCAAACCGACAAUCGUCAGCUGUUAUUUCACACGCAUCAUACCCGGCCUAUCUUUCGCCUGUAUUUACGGAGCCCUAGUCACGAAAACCAACCGAAUUGCCCGCAUUUUAGAAGGCAGCAAAAAAAUAAUGACCAAGAAACCCCGUUUCAUGAGUGCUUCGGCUCAGGUUGUUAUCACAUGUCUGUUAAUUGGAAUCGAAUCAACUAUUAUAACAGUAAUGCUGGUUAUUGAACCGGCUGACUCUACAUUUUACUAUCCAACCGAAAAACGCGUCAUCCUUCUCUGUAAUACCAGUCCCGCUGGCACAAUAGUACCUCUAGGAUUCGAUCUGUUUUUAAUAAUGAUGUGUACGUUAUACGCCGUAAAGACUCGUAACUUGCCGGAAAACUUCAACGAAGCCAAAUUCAUUGGAUUUACAAUGUAUACGACUUGUGUGAUCUGGCUUGGUUUCUUGCCCAUUUAUUUCGAGAGUGAGAGCAAAGUAUUCACCAUGUGUGUGUCCGUCAGUCUUUCAGCAAUUGUCGCCCUUGUGCUGCUCUUCUUCCCCAAAGUCUACAUCAUCAUCUACUGCCCGGAGAAAAACACGCGCAGUGCGUUCACAACGUCUAAAGAUGUCAGAUGUCAUAUUGGAAACACGGGUAGAUCCUUUAGUUCGAGUGACAGCCUCGAUGGCUACAGGGAUUUCACCGGACGAAAGGAUCCGUUUGGGUGAGUGUUUCAUUCGGGAACGAUUGAACGUAUACACAACACCACACCACACACUAAUACCAUACAUACAACCACGCAUACACACGCACACGCACACGCACAC